AACUUUAUUGCUUGGAGGGUAAAUUGGGCGCCCAAAAUGUCGCUGCGGUGUCGAACCUGCGGCGAGACAGUGUACAGCCUAAAUGCAACAAAUCUGUUUGAAGGGGACAACGAUAUUGUGAGGAAGAUAUCGUUUCUGACUGGCAUCUGGAUCACUGACCAGCUGGAUAUGCCCAGGAAUAUAUGCCAGAUCUGCCAAAUGGAUCUGAAUACCGCCAUGCUGUUCCGCGAGCGAUGCAUCAGGACUCACAAUGUGCUGACGCUGGGCAGAAGCGAGGUGGCUCCGUCGGAUGAUGUUGACCUGAAAAGGGAUCUAGACGAUCCCCUGGGGAAUGAUAUAAAACGUGAAGAGGAAGAUCAACUUUCAGAUGCCAAGCCCGUGGUUGGAAUAACAAUCGAAGCUACGACCAGAUCUCAAGACAAGGAAAUUCCCAGUAAACAUUCCUCUCGACACAAUUCUUGCGACAGCCCCUCGGUGGACACAGCGCAUUCCCCAGUUGCAGCACCAGUUCCGUCAAUUGAGGUAAUUGCGAAGCCCCCUGCCGCCAUGGAGGCCGAGAGAAAGAGAAGAAAGCGCCAGAAUCGGGUUAAUCAAAACUAUAUUUGCGAUCAAUGCGGCAAGCACUUUAACGACAAGGGAAAUCUGAAUCUGCAUUUGGUGCGCCACACGGGUGUAAGGAAGUUUCAGUGCCCGGAGUGCAGCCACAAGGAGUACAGCCAGUUUCUGUUGAAGAUGCACAUCCGCGUGAAGCACAGAAGAGAGGCGCCGUACGCCUGCAAGUACUGUGAUGAACGCUUUGUGUGCAGCAAUAAACGCUAUCGCCAUCAGAGGACUCACGAGGGGCUCAAGACAGAAAGAACUGAUAAGCCGUAUGCCUGCAACUUUUGCAAUCAUAGGUGCAACAGCAUGAGCAACUUGAGGAAGCACGAAGUCGUGCACUCUGGCGAUCGUCCAUUUCGCUGCGAGAUCUGCGAUGUGGCCUUCUAUCGAAUGUCCAACCUGAGAACUCAUUUUCGUUCGAAAACGCAUAAAAAGAAGACUGAAGAGAGAACAAAUACCGAGCCCGAAAUUUUGGAUACCAACUAAAAUGCUAUAGUAAAAAUCACGAGCACGUGGAAUGUCUCAAACAAAAUUUGCUUACAUUAAUGAAUGAAAAUGAUGAUUUUAUUUAACAUAUUACGAAAUAACUAUCUUAUAAACUCUGUUA